AUCCCUUGAGGAGAGGCUGCAGGACACGCUCCCCGCACGCGGAAAGGGCUGCUUGCCUUCGGAGGAGCUGGGGGGUAAAGGGUGCUCUCAGGUCACUGAAGGAAAGGACUAUUUGAAGACCAGAUUGUAAAUUACUGUUCUUAUGUAAGGUUUUGGUUGUGGCUUCUAAAAAAAAAAAAAAAAGCAAAAUCUUUUUGUUUGGGUUUUUCUUCUUUUUAGUCAGUAACAUGGUUAAACUCUUCACUGGAGAGAAUUUUUUAACAGAAAAUUUUAGGUUUUAUGCACAGGCGUAAGUUAGGGAAGGUCUUGGUGCCUCUGAGUGCUAGUGUUGGUGAUUGUGUUGAAAAACCUGCUUUCUGAAGGCUGCUCGGUGAGAUGAGCAGGUGAACUGAGUGACCACUCAGUGGAAAAAGAAUGAGGUGCUUGUGGUGUUGAGGAGAGGGGAGAUCAAAGUUUUUAAACUUUUUCUUGAAAUGGCAUUUUUUCUUACAAAAUCUUGCCUCUGAAGAUCUGUAAUAAACAUUUUAUACAGGAUUUUUCUGCAAAGCCUCACGACUUUUUAUUGGGGCUGAUUCAAAUAUUUAACUGGGGGGGAAAAAGAAUUCAGAGAAAAACGUUUUCUUUUGAGGUAGCAGUUUAUUAAUAAGUGGUAAAAGCCUCAGCUUUUUUUCUUGGAGCUGUUGUACUUGCCUGACUCCUGGGAAGAAACAUGAAGAUCUUAAAGCAUGUUAUGAAUAAUCUUUCAUUGAGUAGAACUACGUGGAACUGGCACAUUCAGGAUCCAGCAAGCCAGCGGUUGACAUGGAACAAACCUCCCAAGAGCGUCCUCGUUAUUAAAAAGAUCCGUGAUGCCAGUCUGCUGCAGCCAUUUAAAGAGCUUUGUGUGUAUCUUACUGAGGAGAACAAUAUGAUAGUGUAUGUCGAAAAAAAAGUGUUGGAAGACCCUGCUAUAGCUAACGAUGAUAACUUUGGACCAGUGAAGAAGAAAUUUUGCACCUUCAGAGAAGAUUAUGAUGAUAUCUCCAAUCAGAUAGACUUUAUCAUAUGCUUGGGAGGAGACGGGACCUUACUUUAUGCUUCUUCACUUUUCCAGGGUAGUGUACCUCCAGUUAUGGCUUUUCAUCUGGGAUCCCUUGGAUUUCUUACUCCAUUUAAUUUUGAGAAUUUUCAGUCCCAAGUCACUCAGGUUAUAGAAGGCAACGCAGCGCUUGUUCUACGAAGCAGACUGAAAGUGAAAGUAGUAAAAGAAUACAGAGAGAAAAUGACAGUGCAAAAUGGUAUAGAAGAAAAUGGAGUAGUGUCUACAAAUCUGGAGAAAGAAGUGGGCAAGCAAAUUAUGCAAUAUCAGGUCCUAAACGAAGUUGUGGUGGAUCGUGGUCCUUCUUCUUACCUGUCCAACGUAGAUGUCUUUCUGGAUGGGCACCUGAUAACAACAGUGCAAGGAGAUGGAGUCAUUGUCUCCACGCCGACUGGCAGCACUGCGUACGCAGCUGCAGCAGGAGCUUCUAUGAUUCAUCCCAACGUUCCUGCAAUAAUGAUCACCCCCAUCUGCCCUCACUCCUUGUCUUUCAGACCUAUUGUUGUUCCUGCUGGAGUGGAACUCAAGAUUAUGCUCUCCCCGGAUGCCAGGAAUACAGCAUGGGUUUCAUUUGAUGGAAGGAAGAGGCAGGAAAUAUGCCAUGGAGACAGUAUUAGCAUCACUACCUCUUGCUAUCCCCUUCCUUCCAUCUGUUUCCGAGAUCCUGUGAGCGACUGGUUUGAAAGCUUGGCUGAGUGUUUACACUGGAAUGUUCGCAAGAAGCAAAAUAACUUUGCUGUUGAAGAAGAAGAAUUUUGAGUGUCUACAUCUAACAAGACUCAUGGGAAUGGAACGUGGCAGUAUCCCUUCUAUACGCCUGGGUUAAGGUUUUGGCUAACAAGUGUGGUCACCGUCUCAGACAUAUAUAGCGAUUAUAUCUGUCUGAUCUGCUGAUGGCUGGAAAUUAUUGUGCUACUUCCUGUCCACCAAGAGUAGGAAUGGAAGAAAUUAGGCUCUGAUUGUUGUAAUCCAAUUUGAAUUUCCUGUAAAUGAGCAAUCUGAAAAUGGGUUAUUUCUGAUUGGUAUCGACAACCGCAUCUGCAGAUUUGAUUGUAACCUAUAACUUACCAAUAACGUGGUAGGCUGAAUGUAGAUACCCAGUAGAAAAGUGGCAUCGCAAUAGUCUGUUUGAUUUGGUAUAAUUCCAUUUAAGACUGCUAUGCGUGUAAAAGCUCUGAGAAAUUGUCUUUAAAGACAAAGCUCCCUUCGUUAGCUUCAAUAUGUCUUACACAAAACAGCUCCCCAGCAAGACAGCGCUUAAAAUACUUUCUCCUUGUGAGUAAUACCCAUGAAGAAUGUUUUUUAUGAAUAGAUGGAACUAGUAAAAAAAAAAAAAAAGUAUUUUUUUUCCUAUACAUGUUUAUAUCUUAUGCCCAUUUGAACAGUGUUUGACCCUUGGCUGCCACCGCUGUGGAAAUACCCACAAAUGGCAGGAGGAGCGUUAGCCUGGGCUGAGGUGGUUGUUGCAGGGAUCUCCAUUCCCGCAGCUGAGCUGGUCUGGAAUCAUCAAUGCGUUGGGGUUUCUUAUUUUUUGUUGAUUCUCUGGAAUAAAUGGUAGCGUUAGAGACUGUAAAGUUAAAAAAAAAAAAAAAAAAUAUGCUCCAAGUGUUCAAGAAGAAUCUGGACUUCAAUUACUACUCUUUUGUCUAGUUCCACUAUUGGCCUGAAGCAAGAGAGUCCCCUGUCCUGGGCCCUGACGGCCCUCGGCUUCCAUAGGAACCUUCCAGCUCUUGGUGCUGAGCGCUGCGGAGGGGAUACUGCGCUGGCGGGCGGCUGAACCAGGGACUCAUUCCCAGCAGAGCAGCAACGGUGCCUUCAGCACACUCAAGAUAUUCUAAGUCUUGUAUUUACUUUUUUUAAGAUGCUUUCAGAUGUUUCUAACUUCUCUGUGUACAUAUUUUAUUGUAUGUGCUUUUAUGAAAGAAAAACAAAAACCCACAAAAAAACCUAGUUGGGAAAAAAGGGUUUGUACUGUACUUAAACUGAAAAAUAUCAAACCCAAGUAUAAUGUUUACAUUUAUGUUCUCUGUGGUGCAGUCUCAUCAUCAUACUACCCAAACUUUAGCAUUUUCAGAGUCUUGCUGCAUUGGUCAUUAAAAGAAUGGACAUUAUCUGCUAAAUUUAAAGCCUAUGGCAUAAUACUGUGGAGGAAUUAUUUUACUGACUAAGGUGGGAUUUCCUUGGGAGCGGAGCGAGAAGCUCUCCUGAACUUUUCAUGAUUGUCUGCUGUUGUUUAUGUGGUCCAAAGUGGGAAAGGGAAAUGCAUUAAUUUCCGAACUCUGCCUGUCCGGCUGUCCUCUGCUGGGUUCAGUAACGUCUCUUCCGUUUGGGACGCUGCCCUAGUCCGUCUAAUUUUAUUAAAUCCAGGUGAGAGCACUUCUUCCAUAAAAGAGACGCAAACUCUUGGCUAAUGAUACAAACCACAAUGAAAAUGCGUUAAUAUAAAUUAAUACUCAGUUUGUAAAUUUUGUAAAAUAGAAUAUUGGUUUGAUUUGGUCUAAAUAGCCAAAUUUUGUGAUAUCUUGGAGAAUAUCCAGAUAGCUUUUGGGAUUUAUCUUUCACUUGAAUCUGCGGUAAUUGUUUUAUCACUGUUUUGAAGCUGCUUACGGGUUUCCUAGGUGGAGUAUUCAGUUAUUUAAUAACUGUUUACUUUUUGAACUGUAGAAGUGUCUGACUUUUUUGCUUUGAAACUAUUUUAUUUAAACAUGCAAUAAUUGAGAAAAGGAACAGGGUAGAGUGGCUGUAGAAAUGUCUCGUUAAGUGGAAAACAAGCAGGAUACGAGGCACGCUGGGAAGCGGAAGUCAUUUUGCGGAGGAGAGGUGAAAUGAUUUAAUGAGCCUUAUCUAGUAUUUUUUUAAAGAUAAAACUAUAUCCAGCACUUUUUAUUUAUGCUUUUUAUAAUAGUAAAUCUAUUAUUGACUAAAUUGCCGAACUUUAAUUUUCAGAGUGCAUAGUUCAUGAAAUCUGUAGUCAAAACUUACCUAACGACUUUCUCUAGACUAGAUCUAGAUUAGGAGUUGUCUUUACAUUUAAUCCCGCACUGCGACUGCGUUACUGGCUUUGAGGCUGCCGCAGUUUUGCUUGUCCAACUCUUCCCGCUGGGUGCUGGCCUCGCGUGGAUUCGCUGCUCACCGAGGAGAGCGCGGCCAUCGCUGACUACAGGAGCCUCACGUGCUGACUUUAAUCUUCGCUUUUUCUUCAGAAAGCUGCAGUGAUUAGAAUUGUACCAGCUGCUUUGUACCGAAACACAACCCAAGCUGUGUUAAUACAUUACAAAUUUAUCGAAUUGUACAAAGUCCCUUUUUAAGGCCUUUACUCUGCAAACCAGCAACUGGCAAGCAGACUGCUGGGGUUCAGGCAGCACUCGAGUUUGGCGUAUUUAACUGCGUAACUGGGUACCUUCUGCGCAAGCCACAGCUGAGCCAGAGGAGCGGUAGCGCAGACUGGGCUGUAUUGGCAAUAAAAGCUCCGUUUGCCGAUGUGGCUUACUCAGAGUGACUUGCUGAAACUGUACCAUAACGUAGGGUUUUGCUGAUUAAGAGCAGCGUUUCUAAUAUAAGGGUUUGUAAAAGUUGCUGUACCUACAAAUCCUUUCCAGUCUACAAAGGGCCAAAACAGAAGGUUGGAAAGUAAUUUGUUGUUUGUUUGGUUUUUUUUUUUAAAAAAAAGAGUUAUCUCUAGUAGAGAGUUUAAGAAGUUAUUAACAACUGAUGUAGUGUGGAAUAAAGCAGUGUACUGAAUUUUUAAAAGAGGAAAAAUCAUGUUACAUACUGUUAAUGCUUUGAAAACUUGUUUUAAAUAUUAUUGAAAACAAAUAUUUUUCAAUCCUUUCAAUAAAAUCUUUUUGUAAAGUUGGA